AUGGCCAAGCUUGCACGCAUUGCUACAAGGCAAAGAGCCGAUGUAUGUCUCCGUCUCAAGAAAAGGUGUCAGCCAUCAGAGUCGGUUCGCAGGCGUAAUGCUCAGAUUGCCGAAGAGUCUGAUACGCGCAUCGCUCGGCUAGAAGACAAGAUGGAGAUAUUAUUAUCUACAAUGCAGUCAUUCAUUCCACAGGGAGCUUUGGGGAAUUCCGUCAAUGUCCUUCAGCCACUUCAACCAGUUCACUCCCUCGACGGAAACAGCAUUUCAUCAUCCACGUCUUAUUCGAAUGGCACCCUGGUAAACACCGGCACUGGGCUGGGAAUCAGUGACGGGCCGCCAUUUGCGACGGACUCGAUCGCCAUAGCAUCACCGAAUUCAUAUCAAUCAGAGGAACGGCUCGAGUUCUUCCGAUCCCGAAUGCUGCCAUAUUUCCCUUUCAUCGAUCUUACCCCAGAUAUGACAAGCACGUAUCUGCGGCAAAACAGGCCUUUUUUGUUUCAGGCCAUCCACACUGUUACCAUAUUCUCGACGCAGGAAAGACUGACUCAAGUUGAGGAGCUAAAGCGUGUCCUAUUCACGUCUGCUUUACUCGAGGUCCAGUCAAAUAUCGACUUGCUACUUGGAUUACUAACUUACCUAGCAUGGAGUACCGACGCUUUUCUUGGUAGAGCAGACCUUGUCUCUCGCCUGAUGAUGCUCGCCAUUUCACUAGUAUAUGAUCUGAGGUUGUUCAAAUCAUCCUCACCAGACGUGCAAGCCAUGAUGUCUAUUACCCAGGGGCAGGCUGAAGAAACUAUUCAGAGGCCUAACGAUCAAAUGCCCGAUGGCUUUUUGGAAAGACAGAGGGCAUUACUAGCUUGUUUUAUUUUGAGCUCCAAUGUUUCGUCACACCUUGGGCGUCAAGACGCUAUACGAUGGACGCCUCAGAUGGAAGACGCGCUUCGAGUCAUCGCACUAAGCAAGUCAUGCCCUGCGGACGAGUUAUUUGUCUUUCAAGUACGCCUGCAGCUGUUAAAGCAAAGGGCGGAUUACGUUCGACAACAGGACGGGACAGAUUACGCUCGUAUAGGAACAGCUCAUGCCGCGGCCUCAACUCCUCGGUUCUUGUAUCUCAAGACUUUACGAAAUCAGCUACAUGAGCUAAGAUCUUCAUUUCCCCCGGAUCUCUACCAUAUAGACAUCCUCAAUACACACGCUCAAUACGUCGGAUUAUACAUAAACCAGCUAGGCUAUUCAAUAAGUCGAGACUCGCUUGCUGUAGAUCAAUCUGGACGAAUUGGUGACGGUGGGAUGUUACUGGAAUUCCAACGGCUCGAGUGUUUGUGGCAGUCGGUUGAGAAUAUCAAGUCAUGGCUGGACGAGUUCUACAGAAUUCCUUGCUCCAAAAUUGUCGGCCAACCGUUUCAUUUUUGGUCACAGAUGAUUCUGACCAUCACGCUUUUGAAAUAUUUGUCAACACUUAAAGAUCCAGAAUGGGAUUGUCAAGCGGUGCGGAACACAGUCGACCUAACAUCAACGAUGGACUGUAUGCUGCAGAAGCUCGAUCUAGGCAGCAAGGAGCCAGAACUUCAGUGCAAUGACCAUUUGCUCAAGCUUUUAUCCAAGCUCUUGAACAAAUGUCGGCUGUGGGCUGAAGCUCGAUUGACCAUGGCCUCUCAGUUACAAGAUAUGGAAACCAGGCCGUGCCGGAGUGCCAACUCUGACACAACCUCUCACAAUCACCAUAUUCCAGAUCUAGAUCAGAUAAUCUGGAUGCAGUCAAUGGAUUUGGGAGAUGACCAGUGGUUUGAAGAUGUACUGGGUAUACCCACAACAUUCUACUAG